AUGGACGAACUGCUCCAACUGGAGCGUUUACUUCAACGAUUCCUCAUUACCUCAGUAUCAGGCUCGCAAUCAAAGGAACCGAAAGGACCAAAUCUUCCUACGCAGGCGGAUUUCCUCGCCCACGGUAUCGUCCCUUGCUCGACUGAGACGGCCGACCCGCUCCAAUCCACAAACUGCGCAGUCUGUCUCGAAGAAUGUGAUGUACCGGAACCGGGGCCUGAACCGCUCCAAGGUCACACGGUCGUCUCCCUCGAGCCUUGCAAGCACAAGUACCAUAGGGAAUGUAUCCUUGGCUGGUUCACCAGUACCCGUCCCGAGCGUGACACUUGCCCCAAUUGCCGGAAAACGCUUUUCAUUCCCGACAAGCUGACAGCUGCGCAAAUUGCGACCUUGGGCGACGACGAGGAUGUUAUGUUGCGGCGCAUUGGGGAACAUCGCGCACCCGCACCCCAUGAGAGCGUCGUCGAUUGGACGCGGUACAUUCUCGACACGGAAGCGGUACGACUUAUCGCCCAAGAAAUGGCACUUGCACGCACAGAGCGACGGCGCGCCUCGUGGAUCAACGUCUGCCACCAGCUCCGGAACUACCUGCUCGCGGAGGCGAAUGCACCAAUCCGGGCACCCUUCCAGCCACACGGCGAGUCUUUCUUGAACCAUCUGUGCGCCAGUCACAUGCUGCUCUGGCUGACGGCCUACCAUUCAAACGUUCUCCGCACACCAGAGUUCCACGAGUUUUACUACUGGCUCACGGAGGAUAACGGCGACAUAAUGCAGGCUGGGGUGAGGACGGGGUUGUUCCGCGAACUUGCGCUCGGGGGGCUUUUCGAUACUCAGACCAUUCGUGUGGUUACGGUAUCUCAAGUUUACGGAUUGUCGGUUGAGGCGGCUUUUGGGACGAUCAUUGCACUGGGCCCCGAUCAUUUUGCCCCGCGUCGAGGCAUCCGUGGGUUCAUACAGCGAGCGUGGCGGCGCAUUCUCCCGCGCCGGCUUGAGCAACGCUGGAUGGGGCUUCCAGGGCUUCAAAUCGAAAUCGAAAGGCGAAGACUGGAAGCUGAUGCAGGAGAGGGGGCAGACAUCAUCGAAUGGUUGCUGCGCCACGGGGCAAACGCGAGCAUCUGUAAUAGCGAGGGAAAGACAGCGAGCGAACUUCUACCCGGGGAUGGCUAUGAGGCUUUGAAGGAGAUCUUGAAGCAUCAGUGA